GGUAAAUAGACGAGCGUCGGCUCGACGGCACCUAUUUGAGUGGGUGAUAAAUGUCACCGUUAAACAAUUUGGAUAAUUACAACCUACAGCAGCGUAUAAAAGAGUGGAAUGCGACUCGCCUGGAUUUAUUCAAAAUAUCCGAACCUAACAAACGAAAUGAAUUCCAUGGAGUUGUGCGGUUCUUCUUCCAAGGCGAGGACUCCAAAUACCAGGCGAAGUGCUUACGAAUCUCAAACACGGCCACUGCCUGUCAGCUGGUCAAUGUACUGGUCGAAAAAUUUCAUCCAGACCUAAAACGAUUGACAGCUGGUCGUUAUGCCUUGUAUGAAUAUCACGCUUCAAGCGGCGAACGCCGACUUGGAGCAAAUGAGGCUCCGCUGAUGGUUCAACUCAACUGGGCCUUUGAUGACAGUGAGGUCAGAUUUGUACUUCGAGAUGAGAGCAAGCCAUUACCGAGCGCCAGACAACGACAAGCACUCGAGAAUCAGCCAAGCUCACUGCAAAACGGUGGAAUGGGUGCUAAGUCAAAACAAAAACCUUCUGAUAAUGGAGAUCAUCACCAUGGUGCCGACGGCCAUUUUUCGCGACGCUGGUCUUCAGGUUCAAGGAAGAAAAAGAAAAAAUCCAAGGAUGACACCCACAAAGAUAGCGAGCACGAUAAUAUUCCGGAAACCACGUUCACUCGCACCCUGUCCAAUCCGGACGAAGUACUCAGGAGACGUCGGCAGCAGCGCAUGCAGCACAGAAAUCAACUUGACGGUGACGCCAAAGAACGCGAUGGCUCCGUGAAAAUUUACGGAGACUCGAUCAAUCCGGAAGUGCCAUUCAUUACACUUCGAUUGUCCCCAGAUGACACUGCCGAUAAGGUUGUUCAUUGGACGCUGGAGAAAUAUGGAGUAACGAAGCAAGUUAACCCACAAGAUUACUGCUUGGUCCAAAUGAACAUUCCACCGAGGGGAGAGCGCCUCCCGCUGGAUAUGGAACGUGAAUUAACCCUACACCAUCAGGACUCUCCGUUGGCGAUUCGAGAGCAGGUGCACAGUAUGACAGAACAUAUCACAUGUGUCUUCCAAAUUCGGCAUCGCCGAGCCAUCGGGAAAGAUGGCAGACGACCUCCUCCGGCAGCGCCCUCACAUCCAAGGGCUCCGCCUUCUUCCAUGGGUACUGUACAGAGACGCCACACUGUAGAACACCAGCAACCAGAAUUAUGCUCCUAUUUAAUCGAAGUGUCAGGAGAUUCAGAACACCCGGAGGUACCAGAUGGCUUGUUCGCCUCUGUGACCGAGCUCUUCAAUCAUUCAUACUCUGGAGCCAUCAGACUCGGGACGAUUGAGAAGAUGGUGGGACCACCGCCGAACAUUCUAGUGGACAAAAACUUACAUCCUGAUAUUCGUCCGGUGCACUGCACAUUCAAUGUGGUAAUGGCGAGUACGAGUGGUUCCAAAUGGCGAAUACCAAGUACUGGACAACCAGAGGAGCUGGAAUCUCUUACGCAAUACUCGUUACUCGUAACUCCAUCGCUGGACGGGUUUGCCAAGCCUCCAGGUCCAGCCGCAAUUCGCCUAAAUGAUACACGUAUCACAGGUCCAAUGAUUCUUCAACCUGGGACUGUUCUGCGGCUAGGAAAAUCACUGUGGCUGAAGUUUGUUCAGACGUAUGAGACAAUGGACGAUGGCGCGGAGGCGAUAACACCACAGGCCACAAUGGACAGGAGGAAAAAUGGAGCCCCAUCUCAAAACCUCGGAGAGAAGAGUAGCAUUCGCACAGGCGGAAGCCACCCAGGUGUCCCGCGCCGAAGCACACCGACCGAAGUCAAUUUGUCUGAUCAGAAACAAAUCUCUCAACCCGAACGGUCACGCUUGUCUGCUCCACCGAAUAUGCGAAGCGCCAGUGGGGUCACGGAGGAUCGUCUACCACUGACAAUCGAGCUUCAGGGUGCAGCUGAAUGGACCAGUAAGACAAACCUCCUGGAUCGAUAUGUGCACCUGGUCGACCAAGUGUUACGCAGCGCCAAUGCAGAUUUACAAAUUAUGAAUACCCGGGCUAAAGAGGACAAUCGUCCUGUCAUAUUCAGCUUAUCUCCGGCCUACGCGCUGUAUUUGGUGUAUCGAGCAUGCCAAAAACAGGCUACGUUUUUUUGCGGUUCGAAUCUGUCAGAUAAGGAACACACCGUUUCCUACAUUACAAAUUAUAUUGCUACCAGGGUAUUUGAGUCACUUCCGAAGGUGAUUUCUGACUCUACUGACCGCUUGCUGAUUAUACAGCCGCUUGUAUACUGGUUGGCGAAUAGCAGCGAGCUUCUACAGUUCCUGAAGCACGACAUCAGCUUAUGUUAUCCAUCUGACAGCAAAGGACAGCUCCUGGAAUCUUCGCGGUACAGUCCACCCUUACACGCUUGCCGUCAGGCCCUUCACCUUCUUGCGGAUGCCGUUGACCAUUGUUUCUAUGAACUACGCUCUUGUAUGGCUAUUCUGCUACAACCGCUACUGUACUGUCUUGUCCAUCCCGGGGACGGGGACAUGCAGGAUGAUCUCCGUCUUGAUGACAAAGCACUUCUACCAGGCAGUUAUCAGGACAGUCUACAGCAACCAACCAAAAUUCAAGCGAUAAUGCAGCUGUUCACACUUCUGAUGCAUCAAAUACGCAGAGCACGAGUUAACGCUUCACUGACGAUACAACUGUUCGCCCAGCUGUUUCACAUGGUGAACUCUCAUAUAUUUAACCAAGCUCUGAUAAAAAGCGAAGCCAAACCAAGACACGUCAGAGAAAGUGCAAACGUGUGGCUUUCGCGCCCUGGAGCAAGCCGCCUCCUACGCCGCCUUGAUCGGAUCAAGCACUGGGCUCAGCGACAAGGUUUGGAACGUGCAGCCGAGUGUCGUCUUCAAAAAUGUUUCCAGGCUUGCCAACUGGUGCUGGCGGAUCGCUCCAACUUGGAUGAUUUUUAUCAAUUAUGUAUGAGCUUCUUGUCCUUGAAUAGCAUUCAACUGGAAUGGUUGUUAUCGCAUCUGACCGACCCACCUCCGGUACCUGACGACUGGAUCGACCUGAUUGUCACCGGAGGCAGAGAAGUACCGACGUAAUUUGUGUUUGUUUUCCUAUCGAAUUAUAUGAUAAUUAAAAUAUCCUCCGUGCGCAGAGGCUUGCUUAUAAUGGCCAGUUGGAAAGCAUUUUACGCAACCUCGGAGAUUCCCUACUCAAUUGUUGAAAAUGCCUCAGGCCCGAUGCAAUAAUAAUGAACAAAAUAACAAUGAUAAGAAUGAU